GUUCGUUUUAUUAUAUUCCAUUUUCAAAAAUAAUCGGAGAAAAGAAAAAAUAUUCUUUUGUUCUAUUGUCCUUUUUUUUUCUAUUAAAAAAAUUCCUUCUCACCUUUCCGACCAAAUCACGGGGUCUCCCUGCCUCCCCAUUCCUCCCUUCCUUCGUUCGUUCGUUCGUUCGUUCAUUCGUUAAUCGCUCGCUCGCUCUCUCUCUCCGAGAUCAACGAGUAGCCAUGUCGUUCCGAAUGUCAAGUGCAUCUUGUGGGAUGGGAGUAGCUGAUCACAGCAAGAAUGCAUUUCUUGAACUGAAAAGGAAGAAAGUGCAUCGUUAUGUGAUAUUUAAGAUUGAUGAAAAGAAAAAGGAGGUUGUUGUGGAGAAGACAGGAGCUCCAGGGGAGAGCUAUGAUGAUUUUGCUGCUGCAUUGCCUGAGAAUGAUUGUCGAUAUGCCAUCUAUGACUUUGAUUUUGUGACUGAUGAGAACUGCCAGAAGAGCAAGAUAUUUUUUAUUGCAUGGUCUCCGGCCACCUCCCGCAUCCGUGCUAAGAUGCUGUACGCCACAUCGAAGGAUAGAUUUCGACAGGAGCUCGACGGCAUCCAUUAUGAGAUUCAGGCCACCGACCCCACAGAGAUGGAUAUGGAUGUGCUCAGAGACCGUGCAAACUAGAACCGCAAAGCUGCAGAGACUUCUGUUACAACAGGCAGCUUGAUAUGGGCCUCGUUCCCCUAGGUGUGGUUGAUUAUGUGCAUCGUCUGGUUCAAUGCACGAUGGCUCGUUUGAAUAAAAUAGUCUGCCUGCACCUGAGAGGGCUAAUGGAAGUUCUGGUUUGUUUAGGUAGAUACUUAAUAUUAUGGUCUGAAACGUGUGGUGCCCCUCUAUUUGGAAGAUGCUUCUCUUUGCUUAUAUUAAAUGACUGUAUGUGCUGCUUAUCAUGGUUUAGAAGAUAUCACAUGAAGUAUCUGGAAAUUAAUAAUCCUGUACAGCAUUUCAGGGUCGCUGGUGCUGCUGUGACGUUUUGCUUUCUAGCUUCUUUA